CCACCUCCCCUCGGUCGCAGUCUAUCUGGUCGGGGCGGCGUUGGAUGCAUCCCAUUGUUUUUGAGCGUCACUUUUUUCAUUAUUUGUUUAUUUCCAGAGCAUCGGCCGAAGUACAUAAAUUAUACCCCCAGUGCGCUGUACUGUCGUUCAUCGUCUAUACCGUCUAAGUUGAUGUCCGCUACAAUUGUUCGCUCUCGGAAUCACCUGCCAUUCCCUUGGUCGCUAGUAUUGAUACCCAACUGUUUGAAGACAUAGAAAAUGCUCGAAGACAGGAUGGAGGCGCUAUCGCCACGGUCGACGAACCAGAUGAUCAAACCCAAGAUCUCAAUGGAGCGCAAAGUGUUGGAUAAGAACGCCAACGCCGCCGCCGCCGCCGCCCAAAAAGCUUCAUCAAAAAACCACGCACCCCCACCGCCGUCACUGGUUCUAGAGCCGGAGGAAGAUGGAGAGCGAUACUCGACGGGCGCGUUUCUUGGAAAGGGAGGCUUUGCGAUCUGCUACGAAGGGACAUUAUUACGGACCGGUCGCGUUUUCGCAAUGAAAGUUGUCAGAUCCGAGAUGGCGCAGAAGAAGAUGCAGGAAAAGUUUCGCACCGAAUUACAGAUCCACUCGAAAAUGCGCCAUCCUCACAUCGUCGGAUUCCAUCGCGCCUUUGCCUUCGACAGUAGCAUAUAUGUUAUUCUGGAACUGUGUCCGAAUGGCUCCGUCAUGGAUAUGGUCAGAAAGAGGAGAUGCUUGAGUUUGCCCGAGGUCCGACGGUUCAUGAUCCAGCUCUGCGGCGCGAUCAAAUAUCUACACAAGCGUAAUGUGGCGCAUCGGGAUCUGAAGAUGGGAAAUCUGUUCCUGGAUAAGAACAUGGAUAUCAAAGUGGGUGACUUUGGUCUGGCAGCAAUGAUCAUGUCCGAGAAGGAUGAGAAAAGGAGAAAGACGUUGUGCGGGACGCCGAACUACAUUGCGCCAGAAGUUCUCGACAAAAGCAAAGGAGGUCAUACCCAGAAGGUAGAUAUCUGGUCAUUGGGAGUUAUUUGCUUUGCCAUGCUUACUGGAUACCCGCCAUUCCAAUCAAAAACACAGGAGGAGAUUUACAAAAAAGUACGAAACCUCGCAUACGUAUGGCCAAAAGGCACCGAGUGCGCCAACCACAUCCCCGAAGAGGCCAAGUCGCUGGUGAGCUUGUGCCUCAACCUAGCAGAAGAAGAGCGCCCUGAACCGGACGAUCUCGUGGAGCAUCCUUUCUUCAGGAUGUACGACGGCUGCAUUCCUAAGCGACUUGAUCCAGCCUGUUGUGUCGGAAGGCCUAUCUGGCUCAAGCCGGAGGAACCCCGCGGCGAUCGAAUGAUGUAUGGGAACAGCUUGGAGUACGACGAGAAGCUGUCCGGUUAUAUUGAACAUGUGGACGAUCCGAGCCAGCGAUAUUUGAUUUGCCGAGCGGCCUUCUACACCCUCUGUGGCGUGGGCAGAAAGCCGGACGGGACUGCCCGUAAAGCUGCAGGGAAGAAUUGUUCGAAGUCAGCAUAUGCCGAGUGUCUAGCGGAGGAGGAAAAGGGCUUUCAGCCAGUCAUACCGCUACCAGAGGACAUCGUGUAUAGAUACCCCCACGAGCCGAUGGGUGAUUGGAGCGACCCUGACUCUACCCUACUGUCCCGCCGAGAUGGAUCGUCAUUCGAAGACAGUGUCAUGUCACGAAAGAGCAGUGCACCUGCCCGGACCAAUGCGGCAUCUCUUACUCGAACUCAAGCAGCAUUGGCUGCUGCCCAGCAGCGGCGUAAGGAAUCGCAGAGUCAUGCGGCGACCCUGCGGCAGCAAGCAGUGACGGGGAGAGGGUCUGUCCGGAAGAUUGCAGCCAUCUGUGACCCGGCAGCCCCGCCAGCAAGAACUCUGUCCGACGGGAGAGAGGCAGAGGGCAACUUGAAUGCUGCCGUCGUGCCUUCGGGCGGCCUGGCGGAGCGGCCAAUUCGCACACGGCGUGGCGUGGCAGCAUCAUACUCGGGCUCGCUGCGGGAUCUUGACCGAAACAUUCCGCCACAGAUCCCCAAAUCCAGUACAGCACCGGAUGUUUUGGCGAUCGGAAAGACUCGCUCCCAGACCCGCUCGCAGUCCCGGCGGUUGGAGGCUGCCAACCAAGAAGCUUGCCAUGGACCUCUGGUUAAAGAGCGCUCUGCAUCGGUAGCGGUAGACGAUCUGCCGGUCAGAUCACGUCAACCUUCGCUACGGUCGGUGCCGAAACCAGCAGCCAGAGAUGUUCUCAGGGAAAAGGAAGAGCAAAAAGAUGUCGCGAAGGAAGAACCGAGACUGAAAAGUCAACCUGUCCGCCCUGAACCUACUUCGCAACCCUUGAGUCGGUCUGGCAGCAAGACUGCCUCAUCCACAAGUAAGCCCCGUUCGACACUAGGCUUACAUCCCUUAUUCCACCUGGAGGAUCCAUGGGAGGCGCUACCACGAACGUCCCUUGAUGAUGUGAACAUGGAUCUCCGACACAUGCUGUCCAACAUGGUCCCUCACUCGGCGGCUCGGAGACGAGCUGGCCUCCGGCGACCACCGCAUGCAUAUGUCAUCAAAUGGGUCGACUAUACGAACCGGUACGGCAUCGGCUAUGUCUUGGAUGAUGGCAGUGUAGGAUGCGUGUUCAAGGCUGAGAAUGGCCAGCCAGCGAGCGGGGUCGUAGUGCGAGACGGCGAGAAACACAUCCGGCGUAAAGCCCGUAGCCAGGACAAACACGAGGGAGCCACUUACGUGUAUCCCGAGGCAGACCAGCUCAUCCCUCGCAAUGGUAAGAUGGUAGAGUUCUACGAGAAUUGCACCAGCGACUUUGCUGAAUGCCGCGGGGGGAUUCGGAGAGCUUUGAUUUCCCCGUCAUUGUUCGAAGUCAAGUCUUCUUCCAGCGGGUCCUCUGGAGCGGGCAUCAAGAUCCGCACCAACUCCGGUCUCGACUGUGCCCGGGCAGAUGCGGAAAAGAUCAAACGCGUCAAGCUGGUUGACCAGUUUGGCAAGUAUAUGAUCGGAUCUUUCGGCCGACAUGGAGACGAUGCUGUUUUCGAGGACGAGUUGGGAUCCGGUAGCUCGGGCCAGUUCAUCAAGUUCUACCAACGACUAGGCAACGUCGGUGUCUGGGGAUUUGGCGAUGGUGCUUUUCAGUUCAACUUCCCCGAUCACACCAAGCUCGUGAUUGCGCCGGGCCGCACGAGAAGUUCAUCUCCCUGGAUUGACUUUUACCACCUCUCGCCGUCAGCUGCCCGGUACCUCAGCACGAAGGGCAAGAUGCACCCGUCCGGGUUCGACACACGGGCUGUGACUUCCGACGAAGUUUCCACCUUCCUCGGCAUUGCCUACGGCACUGGUGUGAGCUCUUCCGACGAGCGCGUGCGAGACAUCCUCGAUGCCAAUUCGUUUCUACAAAAAAUCAGCUUCAUCAAAGAGGUGAUGAAAGGAUGGGUGAAGCAGGGACGCCUUGGAGGACGACCGACCCCGGAUCGGACUGGCGGCGCAGGUACAGGCCCGAUGGAGUUGUUCUGGGAGGGCUCCCAGGAGCGGGCAGCAGGGGGAAGUGGCAGCAAGUUUGUGUGGGUGACGGUUGGUGCACCAGGAGGCGACGGAGAGUACCGGUCGGUGUCACUGAAGGAGAAAAAAAUCGAAGCAGAGGAGGACCGCGAGGGGGAUGCAUUGAGAGAGCGGCUCCGGAUGCUGGGCAGACCACUGUAGAAGAAGAGAGGAGUGGUCUAUCUUUACGACGAUAUGACAAGCCUAUUUUUUGUGUUUGCUAUUUGCGCGGUAUACUUUAUGGUUGGCAUGGCGCAGACGCCUGUCCGGGUUGGUUUAUAUCAAUUCAGUAUUUGAGCAACUGGCGACUCCACCAGGUUGGUGGUUAAUCAUACUUAAUUGCUUUGAGGACUUGGCUUGGGUAUAAGAAUUUCAAGUACUAUAAGAUCAAUCUCGAAGAUACGGUAUAACAUUCUAGUCCAA